CAUAGGCUGACGUUCUCCAGCGGCAUCGGACGACGGGGCGCCCUGUCAGAGGGACGCUGCCCGCUGCUCCUGCACUUUGUUCUGGUCUCGUCGCUGUCAGCUCCGGUCACUCAUGGAGAAAGUUGUUCUUGUAACCGGCGCCAACAGCGGCAUCGGUCUGGCCCUGUGCGAAAGGCUGCUGACCGAGGACAGCCGGCUCCGGCUGUGUCUGGCCUGCAGAAACACGCAACGUGCUGAGGCCGCCCGCUCCGCUCUCCUGACAUCUCACUCCAACGCACAUGUAGACCUGCUGCACCUUGACGUGGGCUCUGUGCAAUCAGUGCUCACUGCCGCUCAGGAGGUCAAGGCCAGAUACAACAGAAUUGACUUCCUGUAUUUAAAUGCAGGAAUUAUGCCCAAUCCGAAUAUAGAUUUGAAAGCUUUUUUCAAGGGUCUGUUCUCCAGAAAUGUCAUCAACAUGUUUGCGACAGCAGAGGGCCUCUUGACUCAACAGGACCAGCUCAACUCAGACGGGCUGCAGGAGGUUUUUGCCACCAACCUCUUUGGCCAUUUUCUCCUGAUCAGGGAACUGGAGCCUCUGCUGUGUCGGGCAGGUCACACGUCCAGGAUAGUGUGGACCUCCUCCAGUAACGCCCGCCGCUCGGCCUUCAGCAUCGAGGACUUGCAGCACAGAAAUGGCACGGAGCCCUACAGCUCCUCCAAGUACGCAUCGGACAUGCUCAGCCUGGCCCUCAACCGACACAAGAACAGCCAGGGGCUGUUUUCCUCCGUAAUAUGUCCAGGACUGGUAAUGACUAAUCUGACCUACGGUAUUCUCCCGUCCUUCUUCUGGACCCUCAUAUUGCCCAUCAUGUGGCUGAUCAGGAUCUUCACCAACACAUUCACGCUCACACCAUACAACGGAGCAGAGGCCCUGCACUGGUUGUUUGGACAAAACCCAGAGUCACUGGAUCCGAGAGCAAAGUACCACAGUUUAACAUCAGGCCUUGGAACAAACUACACUCAGGCUCGACAGAUGGACAUCGAUGAAGAAAUGACUGAGGUCCUGUAUUCAAAACUUCUUGAACUUGAGACCGUAGUCAGAAAGAAAGAAUGAGAAAGUACUAACGAGGACUCUCGUGGGCAGGCUUUUAGUGAGAUAGAUAAAUGGGAGUCCUACAAUUUCUACAAUUGAAUUGUUUAUUUUUUGUCUUAAUGUUUUUUCUACAUACGGUGACUCUUAAAACUCUGAAAAGAAGCUCUUCUUUCUUUCUUUCAUUCAAACUCACUCAUGAGACUGCUGUGUAGUUCAUUUAUAGCCUGAGGUUUGCUUGUAACUUCAGGGGUUUGCAUUCACGCUUCAUAAAAAUCAUAAAAGUUGCAUUAAUUUGUGAAGAUUAAUCUUGCUGCAUAAAACAUGAAAGUAUCACAAACUUCCAUUUGCCUUUGAGCCUUUUCUCUGCAAUUAUCUGAAAUGUUUUUGAAAAGUCUUACCUACUUUUUGUGCACUCUUUAUCAUCUGUACUCGUAUUUGAAUAUUUUAACAUAACAACCACAUGCAUCCUUAUAAAAGGUUGUCGAUUAAAAGAAAUUGAGAAUGUCCCGUCCCUCCGUCCAUGUGAGAUAAAAAACCUGUCUGUAACAUAGAAACCACGGCCUGCUGCAGCUCCACCUGAUAUCUGUAUCAUGUUUCGCUGCACCAGGCGUCACGGCUGAUUCAAUUAGUGUUUUGUGUGUGAUCAGGUUCACUGAAGCCUUUAACCAACCACCAGCACUACUGUCAGCCGACUUCAGUGGCUUCCUUUGCCACAAAUUAUGACGCAUAGUUUGGUUCUAUCCAAAUAAAGAAAAGAUGAGAACACUUUUAAAAAAGCUAUUUCAGAAAAAGCUAAAUGACAAUCGAAAUUAGGGAAAUAUCCCACAUUCUGCAUUUAUGACAUUGGUUCAAUCCACUUUACCAUUUGACCUUGUGUGCAGUGUUCUUCUGUUAAGGGCUGAGGUGGAAAUGAUUUAAGAUGAUAAGGUGUCUGACUUUACCUUCAACCAGUGUGAAAUCUUCCGCUCCUCAGCGUGGCUCUUCUUCAAUAAACUGACAAAUCCCU